AUGACUUCCUGCGUGGCAGUGUUGGCAGGUCAAGGUUUUCUGGGCGCGAACCUAACAGUCGUAAACACGGCCGGGCCGAACAAAUCUCAGGCAGUGGCAUUACGGAACAGUGCUGAUUAUUCGACAUUUUACAGCUGCAGCUUCGAAGGGUAUCAAGACACCCUAUACAUACAUACUCACCGCCAGUUCUACAGAGACUGUGAUAUUUACGGAACUAUAGAUUACAUCUUUGGCAACGGUUCCGCUGUGCUUCAAAACUGCAACAUCUAUGUCCGGAAGCCCCUCACCGGCCAAUUCACUGUCAUCACAACCCAUGGCCGAACCGACCGCAACCAAAACACUGGCAUCUCCAUACAAAACUGCAACAUUUUACCAACCCCCGACUUGGCCACCUCUAACGCUAGAGCCCUAGAAGGCAGAGAAACCAAGACUUAUCUGGGGAGGCCGUGGAGGGAUUACUGCCGAGUCAUUUUUAUGGAAUGCUUCAUGGACGAGUUCAUCGACCCAGCUGGCUGGCACAGAUGGAACGACAGUGAUUUUGGUACACGCAAUUCGUAUUUGGCCGAGUUUGAUAACUGGGGUGGCGGUUCAUAUACUACAAAGCGAGUCACGUGGCCAGCAUUUCACCUCAUCAACGCCGUGGAAGCUCAGGAUUUUACUGUGUCGAGAUUUAUAAAUGGUGAUUUGUGGUUGCCGCAGACGCGAGUGCCUUAUACUGCAGGAUUAGUUUAGUUCAUUUAAGUUUAUAUUAUUAUUAUUAUUAUUAUUAUUGGGUGGAAUCGCAAGCAACCACUUAA